AUGCAGAACAACCCUCUGAUGGCACAGAUGCUAGCUGGUGGUGGAGACGGAGCUGUCCCCGCACCUAAUCAGGCUGAACUGGAGCAGAGAUAUGCUAGCGAAUUGGGAAUGUUACGGUCAAUGGGUUUUGUCGAUACGGCGGCCAAUCUUGAGGCGUUGCGGGUUUGCGAUGGUAACGUUGAGCUUGCUGUUAAUUACCUUUUCGAUAUGGGAGCUGCCGACUGGAUAGUACAACUGUAG